AUGUCUCACGAAAGUUACAAUAGAAUCUGGUCUACCAUAUUACAGAUAGAACCUGACUCCCCGGCGAAGCGAGCUGGCUUGCUGAACGGCGACACGAUCCUGACGCUGAACGGAGAGGAAGCCAUCGACAUGUCGCUGCUCACCGCCAGUCGAAGAGUCGAGGAGUCAGGGCAUAGCCUCACUGUGGGAGUGCUGCGCGGCCUGUACGAUCCGGUCCUAGACGACUCGGAGCCGUUAUACUACGAACCGGAAGAUUUAGGCCUACAAUCGGAACCGACUGAGGUAGUCUUCCAAAUCCAGAACUUUGUAGAACCCUCCGACAUAGGCAGCCAUGACCUGGACCCAAGAUCCGACUUGGAAUCCCGAUCCUUAACCUCCUCCCCCUUUGUUACUCCCACAAAACCUUACAGACCGUUUUCUACUGAACCUUUACCUGAAAUACCCCCUUUGGAAGACCCUAUUAUCCUCAAUCCUGAUUAUAGAGAUACUUUUGGACGAACCCCUUGUGACAAUGACCCUGAAUACCUGUUGAACUCUUUCGGUAAUGUAUUAGGUGAGAGCAGGUAUAAGUUGCCGAUAUCUGACCAAUAUGACCCUGAUGGUACAAGGUUUAAGCAGAAUACUGAGGUGGUGGAAAAGCUAUUGAAGUAUGAGAAACAUGUUAAGAGUUUGAGCAAAGAUUUGGAGGUUGUUGAUGUGACUAAAGAAACAAGGAUUUGUGAGGCUGGUGUUAAUGUUUUGAAGGAAACUAAAGAUGUUGUACUCAAUGGGAGUGCUUUUGAAGAUGUUAGAAGGAAAAGUGUUAGGAUUGAAGAGGGAGUUUCGGAGGGUAAGGUUAGAAUUGAGUCUAAAACUGUGGAAAAGAAAGAGAUGAGUAGAGAAGAAAUUGAGGAGGAGUCUUUAAGAGAAGAGUUGCAGUAUAUAGAGCAGAUGAAACAAGAAAUUGAUGUUCAGAAGAUUGAGGAAACUGCUAUGCAAGUUGUGGAUGAUAGUAUCGAGAGAGCGGUAUCAGUUGCUGAAGAAAUUAAAAAAGAAAUCGAUGUAGAGCUCCUAUCUUCUGAGAAAUCUGAACAAGUAACUUCUGAAACGGAGAAAAAAGACAUUUCAAAAUAUGAAAUGACUGAACAAUCUUCUGAAGUAGUCGACAAGACUGAAACAUCAGAAUAUGCUGAAAGAAAGAUGAGUAAAGAAGAACGUAUUGUUAACGAAGAAGAGAAUAGCAGAAAGAUGUCUAGAAAAGACUUUAAAGAAACAGAAUCUUCUGAAACCAUAUCCACAGAAGACAGUAAGAUGGAUGUGCACAGAAAAUCUGUAAUAUCAGAAGAAUACCAACAAGAGUAUACAGAAGAGCCGAGAAGAAAAGAGUCUUCUAUCCAAGAGUCUUCUGAAAGUAAGGCCAAGUUUAAGAAGAUUGCUAAGACCGUUGCUUCUGGUGUGAAAUCAGAGAAGAAUACCGCAGAACAGAGGGCAUAUACCAUAGGUUUGCAAACUAUACCUAAUAUUAGAGGAACCGUACAUUCUUCUUAUCAUUACAAUCUACUUCUGCAAACGUUCUUUAUCCAUCUAACCGAUGUGAUGGUAGCUUUAUCCAGAUUCCUUCUAUCACAACCAGUUUUCAAUCAAUUAGACCAAUCAUAUACCGAAAAGCGUAGCUACGAAAGCGCUGAUGUGGUACAAAAGACUUCUCAAGUACAGAAGACUGAAGAAGCGAGAGUAGUACAAAAAACCCAGGAUAGAAGGCAACUGGUGACUCCAGUACCAGUUGUGGAGAAGAAAGAAGUGAAAUCUGUGACGCAAAAGAUUGAAAAAGAUGUAAAGGUUGAGUCGCAAGAGAAGAAAGUUGAAAAGAGAGAGAUUAUUAAACCUGUGCCUGUAAAAGAAGUUAAGCAAGAAGUUAAGGUGGAGAAAAAAGAAGUAAAACAAGAAGAGAAGAUUGAAAAAGUUGCUACAGGAGCAGAAAUGGCACAGCGUUCGGAGAAGAAACUCACACAGGAGAUGACUCAAAAGAUGGACGCAGUAAUCUCUGAAUUCCAAACCAUCGCCGUAGAAGAAGAUAAAAAAGAAAUGUUCCAGAAGAGCAGAAGAUCACGAAGCAGGAGUCAAAUCGAAGAAGAAGUUAUGAAAGAAAGCGAUCCUCUAGAAUGGCUGUCCAAAGUAGACAGUAGGAGAACAUCUCAAGAAAGAACAGAGAUAUCUAAAAAGGAAUUCUCAUCUACUGAAGCAAAGAAGAGCGUAAUCGAGACGAAAGAAGAAGGAACUUCAAGAAGAUCGAAGUCUCCUAGACAGACGUACAUUGCUAUUGUCGAAUCUCAUGUAUAUACUAACAAAGACGCCAUAUUUGAAGAACAUGUUACAGACUUCUCAGAAACAUCAUCAGUGCAAAGUGCUGAAGAAGUAAAUACAGCUAUAGAAGCUAUAGAGACUAUCAGCACUGAAAAUGUAGCGAUAGAAAACGCUUUAAGAGAAUUAGAAACAGCUAAAGUUGUAGAAGAGAAACAUGAACUAGCAACAGUAACCGCUAAAAGCGCUGCAACGGUACAAAAGAUUGAAGAAGUAGUACAUGAUACUAAGGAAUUUGUUCAUGAAGAGUUUGAGCGUAAAUCUGCUGUACAGAAGACGGAUGUACAAAAAAUAAUAGUUCAAGAAGUAAAAGAGAUUAUAGAACCAGUAGUAGAAAUCAAAGAACGAGUAGAAACAGUUGAAAAAGCGUAUGUAGAUAUAAACGAAUCGCUAUCAGUAGCCCAAUCAACUGAAGUCAGUGUCAUGGAGACAAAAUCAGAGUUCGUUGCCGCUGAAGUGAAAAAAGAAGAAGUUAAAAUUGAAGAAGUGACAUUCAAUGAGAAAGUGGUUGAAAUAGAGCCUGAAAUACACGAACCAAAGCCUGUAGAAACGGUUGAAAUAACAGAAACUGUCAAACUGAAGCCUAAUAAAGAAAAAACUGAGCAUGACGAAUAUGCUGCGCUUAAAAUCGUCAAAAUAGUUCCUGUAGACAGUGUGUUAUCACCUGAAAUCAUUGAAGUUGAAGAUAUUUCUGAGCUAAUAGCUAGAUCUACUGUUAGUACUGUAGGCGUUGGUAAUGAUGUAACUGUAGAUGCUACUAAAGAAAUUUCUGAAACAUCUUCAAUCAGCACUCAUAUAGGCAAAAGUGAGAAGAAAGAAUCUUUAGUAGACAUAUCAGAAAUUAAAGAAGAAUCUAUAAGCAAAUCUGCUAUGAAAGAAGAGAAAAUAUCAACGCAAGAGAUAUCACAAGAAGCCUCAUUUACAGCCAAAUCUAUUGACAGAAAACUCUCUUUAAAAACUGAUCUGCAAAAGCAACUAUCCUCUUCAUCAUUAUCAAGCCCUCCAAGUACUAUCGACACUCCAACGCCCUCUACCGUCCCCCCAACUCCUUUAACAGACGAAUACGUUUUCAAACUCUCCCUCCCUCUUCCUAAAAGCAGAAGCGCUACUCCUGUCCCCAGAGAUUGCACUCCAGAAGAUGAGGAUCCACAUAUUGUUAAAAAGAACUUGGUACCUCACAUAGAAACUACAAUAGAACAAGUAGUUUACGAUCAACCUUUACCUACUCCUAUUGAAGAACCAAAAUCCCCUGUUUUUACCAAACCAGUUUUGAAUGGGGGUGGUAAAGUAUACCCGGUUUAUUCGAAACCUGGUUUGAAAGGGGGUGCAGGGAGGAUAAGGUUCCCUGUGUAUAGGAAACCAGGAUUAUACGGUGGCGGUGAUAAUCCAGAUUUUUCUAAGGAAGAAAUAAGAGAGAUCGAGCGCAAAUCCUCUCUUCUAGCAUCAGCGAUAGACGAAACAAUAAAAAGCAUAGAAGAAUACAAAGAAGAAGUAGGAAUAGAGACGAAAAAAGAAGUAAAAAAGGAGAUCAACGUACAAGAACAUAAAGAAGAGAAGAUUACAAAGAGCUACCAAGAAUCUUACACAUCAGAAGAGAUUAUAAAAAAUGGCUUUAAUGAAAUUGAUACUAAGAUAGAAGAAAUGAUUGAACAAUGUAAUACUAUGUCUAUAGACACUAAAACAGAUUCAGAUAAACCUGAAAAUGAAGGAAUUGUCACAGAAAUAGAUGAAACGAGAACAAGAAGAAUUAGCAUUGAAAUCGACCCACAAUAUCAAGAAAAUAAUAAAGACCAAACUAUCAAAGUUGACAUAGUUGAAAUUGAAACUCAUGUACAAGACAAUAAAUACCAAAAUGGAAUAGCAGACACUGGUGUUAUUGAACCAUCUUCUGUGAUUGUAAAGGAGAGGGAAACUACAGCUGUUGAUAAUGUAAAAGAAGAUAUAACUCCUGUAGUAGAGAAAACAGAGAUAAGAGAAGAAUUAAAGCCAGAAUUUACAGCAGUAGAAGUAAAAACAGAGUCUCAAGAGUUGAUAGAAGAAAAGUUUGAUCCGUUAACAAGAGUACGACCAGUUGUAUUUGAUCCAGAGAAUAUUCAGAGGCGCGGGCAAGACUUCAUUUCUGUUCAGGAACCUAUGGGUAUUUCGGAGCCAAGACAGUCCCCUUACAUCAAUGAGAGUGGGGAGCUAAUGGGUACUAUUCAAGGCAUAGUGGACGGUUUGGAAGAACCAGUGAUGGAUGCAGAGCUAGCCAAGGAACUCGGCAAGCCAGGAAUCUCAGAAGAGAAGAUAGCCACACUAAUAUCUGGAGAAGCAGAGAUGCUUAGAGAGGCACACGUUAUGGGGCUCUCUCGAGUACUUUCCUCUCACAUGCACCGUGCGGACGACGACAGCGUCGAUUUCCAGAAAAUCAAACCGAUGAUCAACUCCUUGAAAGACUCAGAAGUAUUGAAAGCAUUGAACGAAGAACUAGAGAGAAAGAGACAAGAGGAGAAAAAGAAAGAAGAGAAAAAAUGGACAACGUUUCUCCAGAAGCCGAAGCGGCCGGUGCCCAAGGCAAAGUUUGGGUAUCCAGGGUGGACAGAGGACACGCAAAUUGUUGCGGAACCGUAUAAAGUGAAAAUAGUGAAACAAGCUAAGCCUAAAGUAGCACCUGAUUAUAAGCCAGAGGACUUUGAAACUGGUCCUCUACCCUGGGAGGAACGCGCUGCGACUGAGUCCUCCCUCCCUCCUGUAGAGCCGGAGGAACCUAUCCUCAUUCCGGAGGUACCGGAGUUUCUGGAGGCUGUCGACCCUUUGAAGGAGAGUGAAGUUCCUGAUCUUGAGGAGACAGGUAUACCCCUACCACCGCCAAAAGAACCAACACCCCCACCAGUCAUAGAGGAGAAGCAACCAGAACCCGAACCGAUACCAGAAGUACCAGAAGAAGAACCAGAAGUCGUCCCAGAAGCGAAAGAACAGAGAGAAGAGACGAGAGAAGAUAUGGAGAAUAGAAUGGCGCAACAGUUAGUGAAAAGCGUACAGGGGAUGGUUGAUCCAAACGCCAGCCUAGACCAGCAGCUGGCCCAGAUGCGUGCCCAGCUGGCAGCGCUCGCCCAGCUACCUGAAGUAAUACAACAGUCUUUGGAAAUGGUCUCCAAACAACUCACCAAGAUUUCCCACCAGGAAGUCCAUAUGGAGGUUUCGCAAACCGAGCAACAGAGUUACGAGCAAGUUGAAGCUACCCAAAACCACGAAAUGCAAACCAUUCAAGAAGUGAACGAGAACAGCGUAGAAGCAGUUCAGAACGAAGAAGAGAAGAAAGAACAAGAAGUAGUAGAGAAGAUGACAAUAGAAGAAGUAACCAAUCAGGAGACCGAACUGAGAAUUCAACAACAACAGGAGAACAAUGCGAGAAUGACUCCUGCUCCGACAGAAGAGGAGAUUAGGAAUGAAAAACAGAGAAAGGAACAAGCAAGGAUAGAACACGAAUCUCGUCUGGUGAAACAGCAUCCUACGCCGCGCGCAUCAAAACCGAAACGAGUCUUCGGACCCCCAGACCCAGACCAGAUGCUGGCGGUCGUCCUACCUGGAGGUAGACGAUGGAGAAACACCCAAGAUGUAUACGAUGAACAGAAGAUUAAAGAAAUGUUUGAAGCGCAGUCUGAAGUCAUCAAGGGCAAUGCCAUUGGGAUAAACUUCAUGAAAUACGAAAAGCCGCCCGUGUCUCUGGAUCAUUUGAAGCACUCGGAGGUUUACAAACUUGUCCACGACAUGGAUGAGACGCCGUUGAAGCGAGUUGAGAUGAGGACGCCGGUUAUCUGUGAAGCUGAUUAUAGAGAGCGCUGCCGUUCAAUGACCCCAUCAGCUGAGAAGAAACAUCUGCAAAUACCCCAGCAAUUUCAUCCUUAAAUACAUUGAUAUAGAGUUCUAAAUAGGAUAUUGGACGUCAUCAUCAUGCGUAUAUGAGCCCCUAUGUCUACUGCCCUCCCCCAAUGACUACAUAUCGCGAGGUUGGAAGAGCCCUGUACCCUUAGUACGAGUUUGCUUUACGUUUAAAGUAAUCGAAACGAGAGUGCGUUCGGCGUUCUGAUUGGCUGGUUCGAAUAAACCAACCAAUCAAAACGCCGAACGCGCUCUCGUUUCGAGAUGAAACU